UCGGUAGUGGUAACCAGGUACCAUCUAGUUCUUCUGGUCUCAGGGUCAUGUAGGCUGUGGUUCAUGUGGUCCAUUAGUCCUUUGGACUAAUUGUUCCCUGGAAUCUUUGGUUUUUGUCACCCUCCUUUGCUUCAGAUGAUAAGAGACCAAUAGUUGUCUCUUUUAAGACCCCAGAUACUACUUACCAGAGUAGGAUGCAGAACUUCAUCUUCAUGAAAUAGGUUAUGCCAGUUAACGUAGAUGUCCCCUGAGUCUAUGAUUCUUUGCCUUUGAGCUUAGGAACUUGGUCCCACGAGGUAUUUGGUUAUGUCUGAGAAGUUGCCUCUGACUGUGGCCCUUGUGUGCUCUUUGUCUGUAUUAAUAUAUAAGCAGCACCUACAGUUAUGUAUGAAAUAUCCACCACCAAACCUAUAUCUGCAGAUGGGUGUGUUCCUUUAUACCUUCCUACACUUCUUGGCUUACUUAUCUACUUAUGUAUCAAUUUGUGAAUUAUUGUUUGUUAAUACUAUUGUCUGUUGUGUCAUUUUGUGGAAUAAAUUUAGAAGUGGAAUUGCUGAGUCAAAGAGUUUUUUGCAGUUUGAGAGCACUUUUUUUUUUUUUACAUCCCUACUGACAUAGUUCUUAUAUUUGCUAAUUUGAUAGGUAAAAAAUGAUGACAGAGGGUAGCUCUCAUUUGCCUGAUAGUACAUUUAGGUAGAGAAAGUACUUCUACAAUAAUGUACUGACUAUGCCUGGAAAACAUGGAUUAUACAAGCUAAGAUAAUGAUAAGUUGGGUGAAGCAUGUUAUGGCAUUUUUUCAUUUAAUUUAGGCCAAUCCUAAGAGGAGACCUAAGGUUAAAAGAGAAACCCUUCCAGCCAUACAUAUUUCACAGUGAACUUGCUGACAGGAAAAAAAGGCCUCUGUUAUGCACCUAAAGCCAUACUGGAAACUCCAGAAGAAAGAGCUACCUCUGGAAAUCAGCAAAGAAACACUGAGAACGCCCAUGAGCCACCAAAGGGGGGCUGUAAAUGAUGAAACGUGCAGAGCGAGCUCUGUGAAACCAAGUGUCUUUCCUUCAGCCUCUCUUGGUAAAGCAUCAUCUCGAAAGCCUCUUGGGAUCAUUUCUCCAAAUGUUCUGUGCAGUAUGAGUGGGAAGAGUCCUGUAGAGAGCAGCUUGAGUAUUAAAACUAAAAAGAAUGUACCACCUGCAACAAUCCACCAGGGUGAAGAAGGGGAAGGGCCACUUGAUAUCUGGGCCGUUGUGAAACCAGGAAAUACCAAGGAGAAAAUUGCAUUCUUUGCAGCCCACCAGUGUAGCAAUAGGAUAGGAUCUAUGAAAAUUAAAAGCUCCUGGGAUAUAGAUGGGAGAGCUACUAAAAGAAGGAAAAAAUCAGGGGAUCUUAAAAAAGCCAAGAUACAAUUAGAAAGGAUGAGGGAAGUCAACAGCAGGUGCUACCAGCCUGAGCCUUUUGCGUGUGGCAUUGAGCACUGUUCUGUGCAUUAUGUGAGUGACAGUGGGGACGGUGUGUAUGCAGGGAGGCCUCUGUCGGUCAUACAGAUGGUUGCCUUCCUUGAGCAAAGAGCCAGUGCUCUGCUAGCCAGCUGUGCGAAAAACUGCACAAACUCACCUGCUGUUGUGAGGUUUUCUGGGCAGUCCAGAGGUGUGUCCCCAUCCUCUGAGCCCUUCUCUGCCCCAGGAGCCUGUGAAGAACCUACAGAAAGGGGACAUCCUGAAGUUGGCGAACCCCAGAGCGAGCCAGUCCGCGUCCUCGACAUGGUGGCCAGGCUAGAGUCAGAGUGCCUGAAGCAGCAGAGCCAGCGUGAGCCUGGGAGCCUCUCGAGGAAUAACAGCUUCCGUCGCAACGUGGGCCGGGUGUUGCUAGCAAAUGGCACUCAGGCUGAUGAAGGCAAAACAAAAAAAGGCACCUUGGAGCCACCUGAUACUCAGGUGGCUCCUGUAGGGUCUGUAUCUGAGGACUGUGGUCCCUCAAGAGCUGACCAGUGUUCUCCUAAGGGGGACCAGGCCUGGGAUGGCACUCCUCGGGGCUGUCCUUCAUUGCCAGCAGGUGUGAAUUUCCACAUGGACGGUGCAGAGAUGGAGCCAGGUCAGCAAACUGCCAUGAAAAAUAGCAAUAGGUAUGAUGUAGAAAUGACAGAGGAACUUGUUGGGUCACCCUUUCCUCCUCGCACGUGUCCCCAAGCCACUGAAUUGCCCGCAGAUGCUGUUGGUUGUAUGAGUAGAGAGCUUGUGCCGCUUACUAGCCAAAAUCCUGAUCAGAGAAGAAAAGAAUCUUCGUGCAUUAGUAUCACUGUGUCCAAGGCAGAGAAAGACCAGCCGCCUAGUUUAAACCCCUGUGGCGACCCACUUCCAGGGAUGUUGUUUUUUUUGCCACCUGCUCAGCAGGAGUUGGACUGUUCGCUGUUGAAUGAAAACACAAGAGAGUCUUCAGAGGCCAGCCAGCUUGAAGAUGCUGCUGAGGUUGAUAGUGCAUCUGAGGAAAAAAAUGUCUCAGCUGAGCCAUUUGUCCUGCCGGCUUCUUCUGUGCAAAGUACAUUACCGGUGCUUGAGGUAUCUAGUUGGAAGAAGCAGGUAUCUCAUGACUUUCUGGAGACCAGGUUUAAAAUCCAGCAGCUUUUGGAGCCUCAGCAGUACAUGGCCUUUCUGCCUCACCACAUUAUGGUGAAAAUCUUCAGGUUGCUUCCCACCAAGAGUUUAGUGGCUCUUAAAUGUACCUGCUGCUAUUUUAAGUUCAUCAUUGAAUACUACAACAUCAGGCCAGCAGAUUCUCGCUGGGUACGAGAUCCGCGCUAUCGAGAGGAUCCUUGCAAGCAGUGCAAGAAAAAGUAUGUGAAGGGAGAUGUGUCCCUGUGCAGGUGGCACCCCAAGCCCUAUUGCCAGGCAUUGCCCUAUGGGCCAGGAUACUGGAUGUGUUGUCACCGGUCUCAGAAGGGCUUUCCUGGCUGUAAGCUGGGGCUUCAUGACAAUCACUGGGUCCCUGCCUGCCACACCUUUAAUCGGGCAAUCCAUAAGAAAGCAAAAGGGACUGAAACUGAAGAGGAAUAUUAAAGUCUAAGCAAGAGGCAACAAAAGGACCGAUUUUUUAAAACUGUAAACAUACCACCCAGAUACACCGUUGAAGUGAGUGUUGCCUCUCAGAGUUGUCACUGUAGGAGAAUCUGUACCUACUCCACCAGGAUUGCCAUUGCUCAGGCGAUUUUUAAAUGCAGAUUUGCCAGCUGUACAAGAAAGUUGGUGUUCUACGUGGCACCUCACAUCUGAUCCAGGGUGGUAUCCCACAGUUUGAUUCACUUAGCUGUGAAUAACUAUCCCUGUUUUCCUAAAUCAAAUCCCUCCUCAAAGGACAGAGACUUGCCACCAUCAAGGACAUUUAGAAGAGUACACUGUGUCCUCUGCAGGCAGUCCCCAAAAAGGGAUUCCAGAAAGGUUUCAUGCAGUGGCACCACAUUUGAAAUACGCGGAUAGUGUCCUAUGGAAAGAAUAGCAUCACUCUUGGGUGAAAAGUAUGCUUAAAAAGGGAGAGCCGGGCACCUUACCUUAGACCUUGUAUGCUUGAUCUGUGAGAUUGAUGUUUGUGGUGGGAAAUGGAUUUCAUGCCCUUUGGUGUUUACAGUGUAUAUAAUUGUUGUGUUUUCAUAGGGCUAUGAAACUGCACAUUAAACUCAGCGCCUUUACCUUUAGAUGAGUGCUUUUGGCCCCUCUGUAAAUAACACUAUGAAAAUUCAGUUGUAUAUAAGGACAGCUGACUGAACAACAUAAUCAUCACAAUGCAGCUAGGAUAGUGUUGCGGCUAUAAUCAUGUGUUUUUUAUCGUCUCGUCUCAAAUUUGUACAUCCUGUAUAAAAUAAGAAUGUUUCCCAAAUAAACUAUGAAUGUUUCCUUUAUAAUAUAUGAAUGUUUCUGAGAAGAAACUCUAAAUAGUUAAGAGGUUAACCUAUUCAAAGGAUACCAAAUAAUGGUUUAACUGGACAACCUUAAAAUUAGUUUAGAGGACAAUCCUUUGUUAUAUUUUAGUGAUCCACCAAGAAUAUUAUAUAGUCAGAUUAUACCAUUCUUGUCUAUCCUGUCUGGUUACUUUUUUUUUUUUUUAACUUCAAUAAAAACAUACAUCUUAAA